GAAUUUUUAUUUCGUCGACUUGAUGCUCACGAGAGAACUUUGUCAACUCUGCUUAGUAGAAUUGAAUAUACUUAUCAAGGAAUCGCCGAAGCAGUGAAUGUUAUUCGUGACUUACAAACCUUAUUGAAUCGAACAUCAAACUUUAGAAGCCAUUUCCAAAGACGAUUUUUCCUUAGUGUUGAAAGAGAAGGGAAUGAAUUGACGCCAUUAACUACUAACCUACAAAGAGAUCAAUAUGGAGGUCGUGGAAGACCAAAACAUCAUGUAUCUCGUGAUCAGCUCCAGGCACUUAAUGUAGAUGCGGGGUUUAGUUGGAGCGAAAUUGCUAGAACUUUGGGAAUUUCGGAAAGGACAUUGCGUAGAAGGCGCCAUGAACUUGGUAUGUCUGUAGAAGGAAGGGUGUUCUCCAAUCUUUCUGACAAUGAAUUAGAUGAUUAUGUUCGUCAAAUACUC